UAUGCUCGUAAGAUUCAGUCUUCAUCUUCGCUAAAGCGUGUUUUGUUUCAGCGUGAGUCGUUUUUACGAUAAUUCGUUAAAAAUAUAUUAAUUAAAAAAUAAUCCGAUUAGAAAGUAAUCGCGUACGAUUAAUGACAAAAAUAUAAUCAAAUAUCUGUGAUAGCAAUGACAUACUUGAAUUCUUGGGAGGAAUUUGAAAAGGGUGCGGAGAGGUUAUAUCUUCAGAAUCCUAUGAAAGCCAGAUAUUCAAUGAAAUAUUGCCAUAACAAAGGUGUCUUAUGGCUUAAACUUACAGAUAAUUGUACAUGUCUACAGUAUAAGACAGAAAUAGCUCAAGAUUUGAAGAAAAUGGAAAAAUUUAUAGGAAAUCUUAUGAGGCAUAUGGCAUCGAAAGACAGUUGAAGAAAAGGAAGGUUAUUAUAAGAAUAAGAUUAUCAUUUUAAAUAAUAUAAAUAAGAUGUAAACACAGUGCAUUCAGUUUAGUGAACUUUAUGUGUCAUAUCAUAAGAUUCGGUGACUGCUACGAUUAUAGAUAUUUACUUUCAUGAGGUAUAAAAAUUUUCUUAAAUAUACAAUAUGUGCAUAAA